UAAAUUUAGUAAUUUGUAUCUUUGUAGGUAAAAUCCUCCAAGAUGAUACGACACUCGAUUCAUAUAACAUUGAUGAUAAGAAAUUUCUAGUGAUAAUGGUGACAAAACCCAAGGCGCCAUUACCACCACCAGGUCCUGCUGACCCUACAAUUAUAGAUGAACCAGAGGCCGCUUCUGCAGAGGAGCCUACAGAAACUUCAUCACCGGGUACAAGCACGCCUACCACAGAUGCAUCAUCUGGGGCAGCAUCUACUUCCACUACAACCACAACUACAACCACUACCACAACCACUUCCCAGCCUACUGAAACAUCCACUACAGAGUCAGCACCAGCCACACAGACAACUUCAGGGGGGUCCGUUGGCAGUGCAGAGUCCUUGUUGGUAAUGGGUGAAGAAUUUAACCGCAUGGUAGAAAAUAUAAUGGAAAUGGGCUAUGAGAGGUCGCAGGUUGAACGAGCGCUUAGGGCGAGCUUCAACAAUCCCUAUACAGCCGUCCAGUACCUAGUAGAUGGCAUCCCCCCCAACUUGGAUGAGCCUGCAGGCAACCCAGCGGGAGGAGGAGACGGUGAGGAGCAAGUCGCUGCCGAGGGUGAUCCUGACCCUGAUGAGGAUCCUCUUAACUUCCUUCGAUCACAGCCACAGUUUGAACAAAUGCGGCAGAUGAUUAGGUCAAAUCCAUCACUUCUGGAUGCAUUUAUUCAACAAAUUGGUCAAACUAAUCCCCAGUUACUGCAGGUCAUCCAGCAAAAUCAAGAGGCCUUUGUUCGAAUGCUGAAUGAAGGUGGCAGCUCAGGAGGUACUAGCACUGGAGGCAGCGGUAACCAAAGCAGCGGUGGUGGUGGUGGUGGCGGCGGCGGCGGCGGCGGUGGUGGAGGUGGUGGUGGUGGUGGCAGUGGCCGUGCUGUUCCUGGCCAGAAUGCCAUUCUAGUUUCUCCUCAAGAUAGAGAUGCUAUUGAAAGGGCAAGUUUGGAAAGAGUGUUUUAAAAUUAAUUAGCGACAGGUAAAUGAGUCCCAUUGGUAAACAAAGUGAGAAGAUGCAUGUAUAUUAGCCUUACCUAGGUAAUAAUACAAGCUUAGCAUUUUUUGUGUGAAAGUAAUAAUAAUAAUACUUAAGUAACAUGACAUUAAUGAUUUUUUUUAUAUUAAUGAACCAUGCUACCUCUAAAAUAGAUGGAAAUGUUUAUUGUAUAAGUUCCGUAAAUGGUGGUUUGAACUAAGUGAUAUAAAUAAAUGAACAGCUUUGUUUACCAAUGUUGGCCCAGUUCUUGCUCGGAUUGAGUCUAAAGUUUAUUAUACAGUGGAACCUUUACUUAUGAGUUUAAUCCAUUCUGUGACCUUGCCUACAUCUGGAUUUGCUCAUUUGCAGAGUCAGUUUUCCUCACUUAAAUUAAUUGAAAUGGAAUUAAUCCAUUCCAGUGGAAUUCCAGGCACGAGAAAAUACUUCAAUAAUUUCCCUAAUAUCAUCUCUACUGCUUAUAUAUCUAUCACAA